AUGAACAUUGUUGACACGCCAGGCACCAACGUGAUUGUGGAGCGCCAGCAGCGGCUGACGGAGGAGUUUGUGCCGCGCGCUGACAUGGUGCUCUUUGUGCUCUCGGCUGACAGGCCCCUGACCGAGAGCGAGCUCACCUUCCUGCGCUACAUCCGCCAGUGGCGCAAGAAGGUGGUGUUUGUGGUGAACAAGGUGGACCUGCUGGAGUCAGAGGACGACGUGGAGCAGCUGCUGGCCUUUGUGUCGGACAACGCGCGCCGCCUGCUGUCGCUGGACGCCCCCAGCGUGCUGCCCGUGAGCUCCCGCGCCGCGCUGCGGGCCAAGCUGGAGUGCGGCAGCGCGGUACACAGCGGGGCCAUGGACUCACUGGCGGACGACCUGCUGCAGGACCACCCCGCGUGGCGCGCCAGCAGGUUUGGCGAGUUCGAGCGCUUCAUAUACGACUUCCUAAUCGGCGGCGGCGCCGGCGCCGGCGGCGUGGGCGAGGGCCUGCGGCUGAAGCUUCAGACGCCGCUGUUCGUCGCCGACGCCCUCGCCGCCGCCGCCGGCCGCCAGAUCGCCGCCGAGGUCGCGUCCGCGGAGGGAGAGGUCGCCGCGCUGUCGGCUGUGCGGGCGCAGCUCGACAGGUUCACGGCCGACAUGGAGAAGGACGGCGCGGCGCAGCGCGCGGCGGUGCGGGAGCUGGUGGCGGCGGUGGUGGCGCGCGCAGACAAAUUCGUAGACCGGACGCUGCAGAUAUCAAACGUCGGCGCCGCAGGCUCGUACAUAUUCGGGGGCGCCGGCGGCGCGUCGGGGCUGCCCGUCGCCAAGGGGUUUGAUGGGGAGGUGGUGCAGGGGGCGGCGGACCAGAUGGCGGGGCUCGUAGCCGAGCACGCGGCAUGGCUGGCGUCGAAUUGUGAGGCGCAGGGGGAUUACUACACGGGGUACCUGGCGGCCCGCCGGCGCCCGCAGCGGCGGAGAGGCGGCGGCAGCGGCGGCGAGCGGCAGCGCGCGGCGGGUGAGGGCGCGGGCGGCGGCGAGAGCGGCGAGAGCGGCGAGAGCGGCACGCCGUCGCCGCCGCCGCGGACGGUGAGCGGCGGCGGGGAGGCGCUCGCAGUGGCGGUCGGCGGCGCAAUGGGGGCGGCGCAGGCGGCGGCGGCGGCGGGCGGCAGCGCGUCGCUGCAGGCGAUUGCGGACUUCAACCUCGCGGCGGCCAAGGUUUUGCUGGAAGAGGAGAUUCGGGAGCACUGCGCCUGGCUGGACGCCCUGAAUGCGCGUGACGCCUGCGGCGCUUCCAUGCCCGGCACACGGCUUUGA